AUGCCCGAAGACGGCCAGGACGACAAGACGACUUCGCUGUCGCUCCUCCUCCCAGACAGCCCCACCAUCACCAAGAGCGAGCCCAGCGAGGCCAGCCCGUCAUCGGAGUCGCAAGCCAGCACCAACAUCGACGACAGCCAAGUCGCUACCGAACUUAUUCGCAUUUCCCGCUCGUUCGAAGAUGCCAUGAGAAAUGGCCCUCCCGCCUUCCUUACCAGCCUCAGCGAACGCCACGUCUCACCGGACUUCACAGCCCGUCUGGACACGGCAAGCAUACCUUCUUGGAGCGUGUACUGUGCUGUCAUGGCAAGAUGGAUUGCAGCCAAUCCGGGAUAUCAAAAUACGAUUACUGCGGCUACAGCAGACAUCUCAGACGAUGGCAGGGAUGCUACAGUGUACUUCCUCAUGGAAGCUGUUGGAUGGCCCGUGGAGCUCAAGAGGAUGGUUGUCAGUGUUUUGAAAUGGAAGAAGAGGAGAAGGAGGUGGCUUUGCUAUGAGAAUAUCACCAUGAGAGGCUGUGAUACUUUCGAUAUUGGAGGUGGGUGA